GAGUUCAGGGUGGGUGUGAAGCAGACGGAUGUAGCGAUGCGCUGCGGCCUCCAGGGGGAGUACUAUUGGCUGCAAGUGGCCCAGGAGGGGCUGGUCCUUAAGGAGGCAGAGACCAGGAAGAGUUUGCAGGACUGGCCCUAUCGGCUGAUACGACGCUAUGGCAGAGACAAGUUGACAUUCUCCAUCGAGGCGGGCCGGCGUUGUGACUCUGGACCCGGAACCUUUACCUUUGACACAUGCCAAGCUGACGACAUCUUCAGCCUCAUCGAGAACGCCAUACGGGAACAGAAGGCCGUCGCCGGGGACGAAUGUGAGGGCCACACUGUGGCUGCUAACCGUAGCCCUAAUAUGCCUCGUGCUCGUUCACCACUGCCCAAACUACCAGAUAGCGCAGCCAUUUUGGAGGGCAGCUACAGCUUUAAGCCAGUAUUUUCAAACGCUAUUGGCGCAGAGCAGUGUGUGUACUCACAGCCGCCUAAUUUGAUUGGCUCUGAGGAGUGUCCGUACUCUGAGCCAGCAGACAGUAUUAAACCCAAAGCCCCAGGCCUCAACUCCUAUCUGACGCCCCCAACGGCCUCCACCCUCACCCCCUCUAUCCCUCUAUACCCCCACAAUCACCAUGGCAACCGAACGGAACCAGUGUACGCCGACCCAGCAGACAUCCUCUCACUCACACCCCCGAGAUCUACACCACCACCACCACCGCCCACUUCCUCUUCCUGCUCUUGUCACCACGGCGACAAGCCAGAGCCGGUCUACUCCGAGGUGUAUGACCGGGGACAGGAACCUGGCAAAGAGCAACCCAUCUAUAGUGAGCCUUGUGUGGGGACCCCAGCCAAGGGCCCCAACACUGACCCGUUCGCCCACCUUUACAGCCAGGUCUGCAAGCCAGGCUCUUCAUCCUCAUCUUCAUCAUCCCCCUCUUCCUCCUCAUCAUCAUCGUUGACCAUUACCAGGACCUUGGCCACCAGGAGGCCCACUGCUGGACGCCAGUCACCAGAGGUCAUCUAUGAAAACAUGGGGUUCAUUUAGGAUACUCUGCUGCGUCUGAAAUGGCACCCUAUUGCCCUUUAAGGUGCACUACUUCUGAUCAGUGCCCAUAAGGAUAUAUUGAGACCAAUCCACACAUUCACUCAUUUCACAAUGUUAUUGUAAACUUACUUUAUUUAUUGAACUUGUUUUCACAUACAGAAUCAUUGUUUUUUCUUAUGAUGUAAUAACUUUUGUAUAACCUGAUAUGAAUAUCAAUUUUGCACACCAGUGUAAUGAACAUGGGAGAGGGAGAAAAGAGUAACAGAGAUCUUCCAGAAGUCUGCCAGUGGUCGAUGUAAAUAUUACAAACAGUGUUAGCCUCCUCCUCCCCAACAGAAACCAAUGACUUCCGCUCAGUCUCACAUCCUUUUCCUAAUUGACUUUGUUUUACUGAUGUGAUUCAAUAAAACAAUCAUGGGUGUGUAUCCAGUAACUCUCCCUCCACUAUUUGUUUUGUGCAUUGAUUGUUUAUUUUUUUGAAAUUGUAUU